AUGAUGAGUGAAGUAAUGAAAGACGCUCGCGAUUUUACGGUCCCUGAGUUAAAGGCGAAAUUGAAGGCAACCGGACAGAGUACGAGUGGGACGAAGGCAGAAUUAAUUAAUCGGUUGUUGAUGCCGGAUCCAUCGGGCGCUUGGAUGAACGGUCCACGUGAAGAGAUCCAAGAUGGCGACCGUGAGGAGCAACGGUUGGAGUCACGUGACGAAGUUGAUUUCGAGGAGACACGAAAUCGUCGAAGAGGAGACGAACGCCAUGAUGGCGAUCGCCGCGGAGUGGACGAUCGCCAUGAUGGCCGAGCAGCGUCAUGGCGUGAGAUCGAGCUGUUCAGAAAGGAGAAGGAGCUGGCCGAGCGCGAGCUCGCACUUGCUCGAAAGGAAAUUGAGUUCCUACAACGGGGAACGACGGUGGAUGUCUCAGAGUAUGGACAUUCGUUGCAACGUGAUGCGCCAUCACGAAUCGGCGUGAGUACUAUCGCUGAGCUGCUGAAUAAUUUUGACGGAAGUAGCGAUUCGUACGAGAGAUGGGAGAAGCAAGUUCAGCUUCUCAGAUCAACGUACCGUCUCGCCGAUCCGAUGACGAAGAUCCUCAUUGGCUCUCGUUUGAAGGGAAGGGCAUUUGAAUGGUUUCAUUCCAAAGCUGGGCAUCUUGAAAUGACAACCAAUGACCUUCUCGCCGAAAUGAGAAAGAUGUUUUUCCAUCGUAUCAACAGAGUAGCAGCCAGAAAGCUAUUUGAGGAGCGGCAUUGGAAAAGAGGCGAGGUUUUUGGUGAUUACCUUCACGACAAGAUUAUUUUGGCAAAUCGUGUUCCUAUUGAGGAAAUCGAGCUCAUCGAUUACGUCAUCGAUGGUGUGCCGGACCCGGCUCUGAGAGAUCAAGCUCGGAUGCAGCGUUUUGACUCAACAGCGGCAUUACUCCAAUCGUUUGAGAAAAUCGUACUCCGCCCUAAGACGUCGCCCGCAACUUCGUUUACCCCGAAAACGGAUAGUAGGGCCGCCGCUGCGAAGACACGUGAAUCGUUUGUGCAGCGCGACGGUAGGCACUGUUAUAACUGUUUACAGGUGGGCCACGUAGCUGCGAGGUGUCCUGCUAAGAAAAAGGGCACGAGGUGUUUUCGUCGUCAUGAGCAUGGACACGUGGCAUCAAGGUGUUCGAGGGAUGCAGAUCCGACGAAAGAAGCGAACACGAUCCGUUUCCUGUCGGAUAACAAACAAUCACCGCGCGGGAAGACCUUUAAGGACGUUAAGAUAGGACCGCAUUGUGUUAAGGCAUUACUUGACACGGAUAGCGAUAUUAGUUUGAUGAGGAUGGACCAGUAUAAGCGAAUCGGUGCUCCGCAAUUACGGGACGAAAGCGUACCAUUUGGUGGCGUAGGCCUAGUGGAAAACAGAACUUUAGGUACAUUUUACGAGACUCUGAUGGUUGAUGAGGGUGUCUACCCUAUAGCGAUACAUGUAAUUCCUGACGAGUUGAUGAAUUAUCAAUUAUUAAUAGGAUCAGACUUUUUAAAUACUGUAAACGUUAGUAUUAAUGAAGGAAAGGCCACGAUCUCGGCGCCGAUAUGUAAUAGUCCACCGGAGGGUGAAUUACCUCAAAUAUUUUUAAUUGACGACGUCCGCGAGGUAGAUCGGGUUGAUGUAUCCCACGUGGCGAAUAGAGAAUACCGACAGCGUCUACUGGAACUCGUGGAUUCAUACAAGCCGAUGAAAGCGCGCGAGACCGAAGUUAAAAUGACGUUAGUUUUAAAGGAUGAUGAGCCCGUAUUUCAACGACCGCGAAGACUGUCGGCAUCGCAGAGAGAGAAUGUGAAUAAACAAAUCGCGGAGUGGAUGAAAGAAGGAAUCGUAAGACCAUCCCUGUCCGACUAUGCGAGUCCGAUAGUGACGGUAAAGAAAAAGAACGGUACGGAGAGAGUGUGCGUAGAUUAUCGAAUGGUAAACAGAAAGAUAGUAAAGGAUCGUUAUCCCCUCCCAUUGAUUGAAGACCAUUUGGAUUCGUUGCAAGGUGCUAAAGUAUUCAGUACAUUAGACUUGAAAAAUGGAUUUUUCCAUGUAACCGUGGAUAAGGAUAGUCGUAAAUAUACGGCUUUUGUUGUCCCUGAUGGGCAAUAUGAGUUUCUCAAAGUACCAUUCGGCUUGUGCAACUCUCCAUCCGUAUUUCAGAGGUAUAUUAACUCUGUUUUUCGCGAGUUGAUUACCGCUAAGAUUGUUUUGGUUUACAUGGACGACCUUGUUGUUCCGUCCGCAGACUGCCUUAGUGGCCUUAAGGCGCUAGAAAUGGUAUUAGCUACGGCCGAACAAUAUGGACUAUUGAUUAAUUGGAAAAAAUGUCGUCUCUUACAAUCAAAGGUGGAGUAUUUAGGGUACAUCGUGGAAAACGGAUCCAUUCGUCCGUCGGAAUAUAAGACUAAGGCUGUCAUGGAAUUUCCAAGGCCGAUAAAUGUAAAAGCAGGUGCAAAGCUUUUUAGGGCUUACGGGUUAUUUUCGAAAAUUUAUUCCUGGGUACUCGAUGAUUGCGCGUCCGUUGUCAAAUUUGCUGAAGGCUGA